CAUCUCUAGCCGACCGGCUUUUAUCGAUUCAUCGAUGUGCCUCGACAUGGACGAUUCUAUUAAUUUGAGCACCAACAUGAGCGACGCGAGCAAGGCGGAUCUGACGGAGUCGCUGCUCAAUCACAAUAUAAGCUUCAACAGCACGAUGGAGACAUCCAUGGAGUCAUCGCUACCCAAGCUCAGCGUCACUCUUACAGACGCGGAAAUAAAGAAACUUCGCCAGGCGCAGUUAGCGGAAAGUUCCCUUGACCAAUCCGUUCCAAUGGAGCCGUCCCUGAUAGAAGAUAGUUCCCAAUAUGGAAUAAGCGACUCCGUCAUCAGCAUGGAUGAAACUGUGGAAGUGGGUGCAGGAGAGCCUUGCGAAAAGGAGGAGGAUGACAAGGAGGCAGUUCCCAUUGAAGAUCCAACAGAAUAUUUUGAAGCUCGCCUCGUAGAGCUAAGCCGACGUUGCUGGACGUCGUCCCAAGAAGCCCAGCACUACACCAAAGGCUGCUGUUGGUCUCCAGAUGGUACAUGUUUGCUGGUACCUGUACACUUGGACGGUAUGCACGUAAUGGAACUGCCGGCAGACCUUUACUCUGCAACCACACUGAAGCAGACUCGCCAAAUAACCCAACUACAAUCGGCUGUUCACGUGCCAGAGAGUGGCACCGUCUAUGAUUGCGUUUGGUAUCCCCACAUGAACAGCCAACAGCCAGACACCUGCCUAUGGCUUGCCUCGAGACAACACGAGCCCAUCCACAUGUGGGACGCGUUCGACGGUGCCCUGCGUUGCAGCUACAGUGGAUACGACGCUGUGGACGAGGUUAUGGCCGCCAUUUCACUGGCUUUCUCUCACGAUGGAGACAAGAUCUUUGCAGGUUACAAGCGCUGCAUUAAGAUCUUCGACACCAGCAGACCAGGCCGCGUGUGUGAUGAUUACCCUGUCAAGGCCGCCAUCUCUUGCAUAGCCCAGACCACAGAGCACCCGAAAACGAUAACCUGUGGCAACUGGAACGGCUACAUCCAACACUUUGACCUUCGCAGCAGCCCCAAGCAAGGACCUCUCUUCACGCUAGGAGGCCACAAGGGUGGCAUAACCCAACUCCGCUACGCCGGAGCUGAGCUAGGGGAAUGGCAUCUGUUUAGUGGAGCUCGGAAGUGCAACAAGCUCCUGCAAUGGGAUAUGCGCAACUACAAGGAGCCACUGGUCGACUUCCAGCGCACCGUGAACACAAACCAGCGCAUUCAAUUCGACCUGACGUCGGACAACAAAUGGCUGGCCAGCGGGGACACCCACGGUCUUCUCAAUGUGUGGGAUCUGUCUGGUGACAGGGACCCUGCCGCUAUUCCUUUGCACUCCGACUGCUGCAACGGAGUCAGUCUGAAUCCUGUUUUUCCAAUUGUAGCUACUUCUUCUGGGCAGUUUCAUUUCGUUAAGAACGCUGCCCACACCAAUAGCAGUUCCUUUAACGGCACAACCACAAUAAUAGAUGCAGACCCGGAAAAUAAAGUUCCGGAAGGCGAUAAACCAGACGUUAUCUACGAGAACAGUGUGUGUAUGUGGUGGAGCGGCCGCAGCAAUUAGGGUAAGCAGAAAUAUGGAAGUCCAAUUAAAUAAUACAAAAGCCGUC